AAAAAGCUUAUCUACAUGUUAUGCCUUCUAAGCAAACAUCUCAUUUUCCCGAAACUACACCAAGAGAUCGAGCAGUUCUUCGCCCACAUGAUACCGACACCGACGGAGCAUGCGCUAAGGGUACAGGUGGUCGCCCGGAUAGAAAACAUCGUGUUGAAUCUCUGGCCGAUGGCCCGGGUUGAGAUGUUCGGAUCGUUCCGUACCGGACUCUAUCUGCCUACCAGUGAUAUAGAUCUCGUUGUCAUCGGACGCUGGGAGAAGCUGCCGUUGCGUACCCUGGAAAAUGAACUGAUCAGCCGGGGUAUUGCCGAGCCGAUGUCGGUGCGGGUGCUGGACAAAGCAUCGGUUCCGAUUGUCAAGCUAACGGACCGGGAAACCCAGGUCAAGGUAGACAUUUCCUUCAACAUGCAGUCCGGCGUGCAGUCGGCCGAACUGAUUAAGGGGUUUAAAUCCAAGUACCCGGUGCUGGCCAAGCUGGUGCUGGUGCUAAAACAGUUCCUGCUGCAACGCGAUCUGAACGAGGUUUUCACCGGUGGCAUUUCCUCGUACUCGUUGAUUCUGAUGUGCAUCAGCUUCCUACAGCUGCACCCGAGGGCCAAUCAGAAGCAGACCACGAACCUUGGUGUUUUGCUGAUGGAGUUUCUCGAACUUUAUGGGCGAAAAUUUAACUACAUGAAGACUGGAAUUAGUGUUAAAAAUGGAGGACGGUAUAUUCCCAAAGAAGAGUUGCAACGUGAAAUGGUUGAUGGCCAUCGACCGAGUUUACUGUGCAUCGAAGACCCGCUUACACCUGGCAACGAUAUCGGACGAUCGUCGUACGGUGCCCUUCAGGUGAAACAGGCCUUCGAGUACGCCUACAUCGUGUUGAUGCAGGCCGUUUCCCCGCUAAAUAAAUAUCUCAACGAAUGCAACCGUCAGAGUAUACUCGGAAGGAUAAUUCGGGUAACGGACGAGGUCAUAGACUACCGCAAGUGGAUCAAGGAAACCUUCGAGCAUAGACUGAUAGCGGCCCAAACCAUAGUGCCAACGAUACUGAACGAUCCCCUGAACCCGCAUAUUCCACUACACCUGCAGCAGCAAGGACAACUCCAACAGCAGCAACAACUCUACAGCAACAACAAUAACAUCAACAAUCGACGGAGGAACAGCCUCUCGGAUGUGGACACCUCUGAAGAAAGUAUGGACAGCGACGGGGACUCGCAUUCCAUCUCCCGGGACAUCUCACCGACGAGUAUAAACCGAUCACCGGAACUACAUGACCUGCAACAUCAGCAACACCCUCAGCACCACCAUCCCAACAGCCAAAUCGGUGGCGGCGGUCCCGUUGUUCUCCUCACCUCCCAUAUUCCACCGCCAUCGCACCCGCAUGAGGUACUGAUCGAGGAUCAGCAUCACGCCAUGGUUCAGCAGCAGCAACAGGCAUUAGACGGGUUGAACGAAAAUCAAAUGAUCAAUUAUAACAUCAAUAACCGUCGCAGUACUUCAUCCCCGCAUCAAAUGGGUACCGGUAAAAAUGUUCCGCUCAAUGUUUACACCGCCAGAAGCAGCUCAGAGCGUAUGGGCAACCAGAACAACAACAACGUUAGCAAUAACCAACAACAAUCGACCGGGGGCGGCGGCAAUAAUAACGGCUUGGUGCGACACAAUAGCAAACACCGGCGGGCAGUGAUCGGAAUGCACUAUAACAUGAUGGGCAUGACCGGUGCUAGCCAGCAGAACCACAGCAAGGACGAAAACCUAUUGCACCAAGGCCAGAACAAUAACAACAAUAACGUGCUAAUGAGAAGCGGUGACGGUGGCGGCAUUGUUGGAGGAGGAGUUGUCAGUGGCUCGAACGGUAAGGAUCUGGCGAAAUCUGGCGGCCAACUUCCCUCCCAGCAGCUCUAUAGUCUGAACAAAAAGGCCGUCCAGAACGCAGUGAACGCGGCCGUGAAUUCAUCGUCGUCCAAGCGCAAAAAGACCAUUUCUCCAACCGAUAACAAUAAAGGCAACAAGGGUAGCGGUAGUAACAGUGGCAGCGGAAUGGAUAGUCGAUGAUAGCAUGCGCGGCACCAGCACUGUACCCGUUACGUGCACUAUUGCCUGUAGGGAUUUGGAACGAGCAGCUGUGUUCCGCGGAAGGAAUGACGCAACCUAGCUGAUCGAAAAUACAUAUUUUUUCUACAUAUGUAUAAGUUUCGCCAUUUCCGGCGUUCCGGCCAUCAUUUUGAGCAGGAUGUACUAGAAUUAAGCUAGUAUACGGAUUCGGCAAAAUGUAUAGUAAUUCAACUAUAAUCAUACGUGUAGUGAGUGUAGACUAGAUAUGAAAAAGUUAUAGCACAUCGAUAUCUAUCCAGUCCACUCCCCUAUGAUCAGUUCUCGUUAUCGUUUUCCUGUCCUAAGGCUACGCUCUUGACAGUGUCCCUAUCCAUAUCGAAGACCGCCUGUAGAAUUUCACUGCCCGCAACCGAAUUUGGACAAUGUGGACGUGUGCGCUGUAUUCCUGCUGUUGGGGAAACAUAGCAAAUUAAAAAAAAAACAAUAGUCAGACGCAACUUAUAGACCUUUAUGCCAGUUAAGCUAUCAGUAAGUGCUAAAACCUAUAACAAUAAGCGUGAUAGAACAUGAUUAUCCAGCGAGAUUUAGCCGUUGCAAAAUAUUGUAACUCAACCUUUCUCUCAUUAUAAACCAUGUGACACAUUGCCAACCACACACAACAACAAAAAAACACAUCAUCCACAAGCAUAAGACAAAACUAAUCAAUGUUUCACAGGCAAACACUUGUUUUUGCUAUUAUCAAUAGAGUAAAUCAAGCAGACAGAUUCAUUUAAAGCUACACUAUAACAGAAAAAAAAACUAGAUUCUUCUAGAGUUUGGAGGGAAGUUUUUGAACCGAUCAUGUUGUGUAAAAAUGAAUAUUAUUCUGUACUCUUUCAUACAAAAAAAGCUAAGAAGCUACCUAUGCCGAAAGGUCCAAGCGAAAUUACCAUCAACAAACAAUACCUUAGUAGGUAGGGAGCAGGGACAGCAGCAGCAAGGUGAUUACCGCCUAAAGUGCGGUAAUCGGAUCAGAAUCACACAGGCCAGUUAUCGCAACUUUGCCGAUAUUAAGUAUAUCGUUAUCAUUGCUAGCACGGAUUAAAGGGCUCUUUCAAUUGCAAAAAUUCUUUAUCCUAUUUUUUUUUCUCUGUGUCAUAUAAUACGGCUUUUAACGAUCAUUGAAUGUAGUAAGUAUUCAUUUUUUCCCGAAAAAAACAUAUUAUGUAAUGAGUUUUAUCAAAUAUAGAAGAAACGAAAAAAACGAAUAAUUUUUUCAUAAAAAUAAAUUGGCCGAAGAAAACACAUACAAAACUAAACUUAUCCAAUUGCAUCAAAAUGCUUUCUGAAUUAAAAAAAAACUUUUAACGAUUUUGAAUCGAGAAAACAUGUUCCUCUCUGCGAGUUCAUAGAGAAAAACAAUAAUGCAAUUGAUCAGCAGAAAGGAAACAUAAAAACAGCUGGAUUUCAGAAUUUUAACUGACACACAGUUGAUUUGAAAAAAAAAAAUACAUCAAAUUUGUUCUUCUGAAACAUACUUAAUAACCCUAAGGCAAAUCAAAAUUCAACCUUUUAUUUCUAUUUUUCCUCUUGAGGGAAAUUAAGUUGGAAGUUUUUGCAAUUGAAACGAAAAGCUUUCUGUUUCACUAGUGUACGUGCAAUAUUUUGUUGCAAUGCUUAACUUAUCGAAACUGUAUCUGUUGUAUAUUAGUCUAUUGAAUGAUUUCUUUCUACUCAAACCUAAAAUAAGGCACAUUAUAAAAGAAUGGUUUCAACUCAACUGUACAUUUUAAAAUACUUGAUCAUGAUUCAUUUCUUCUCGUAUCCUCGUAUUUCUACGCUUAGUUUUCUAGAAAAAAAUAUAUUUUUCCAUUUAACUCCGAACUUUCCUCGUUUAAACUUGAACCUACAUAAUGAUUAUAUUUAUGUGUAAUGUCGAAUAAUGUCAGCCCUAAAUAUGAUUGGUAUAGAAUUGUGAUUUGUCUCAUAAUAAGAAAAUCGUAGUUAAAUCAUUAUAUGAUUGAAUUUCGAUUUUGAAAAAAUAAAAAAAAAACAACGAGCUCAGAUAAUAUCAAAAGCUAGCAUUGUGAUGAUAACGAAUAUUUAGUUCUACCCAAGAAAUGCUCGCCACAGCAAUUGAAUGCGUAACUGUUUUGGAUUUAUCAAUUAUAUAGCAAAAUUACAUAAGUACUCCGGACCUGGCCUGGUCAAGAAUUGCUUGCAACAUGAACGAACAACAAGAUAAUGAAAGAAAAAGAACACAUAAAGCAGUCAUUUUGAGUACAAAAUCUUAAAUAUAUUAAAUCUUAUUAAACCGUAAAAGAAAACCCACAUUUGUAAUUUAUCUGUAAAAUACUAUUUAAAUCGAAUAAGUGAAAAAAGUUAAAAUUAUUAUGUAAAUAAAGAGAAGCCCAAAAAAAAUCGAAAAUUCAAAUGGCGAUGAAGCCAAAAAACA